CCCUAUCAGUGAAGUCAAAGAUGGAAGAUGCACUCUUUCAAACCUUUCAGGUGCUCCCUCCUUUCCUUAAAGUCUCUUAUAGGGAGCUCCUUCUUGGCCCUCUCCAUCCUGUGAGUCAGGACUGAAAGGGCACAGGGUUACCACCAGCAGUGUUGGGGUGAGCCUGCAGGCACGCAUCACUGGGGCUCUGAUGUGACAAUGACUGCCUGCCCCCCUCUGAGGGCUACAGGACUUGCCCAGUUGGGAAGCAGCUAAGCAGUCAGUGGGUCUAUCCUCUGUGUCCCAGCCUCAUAAUAGAGGUCAUUCACAUGUGAGCACGCUUAUAGGCAGCUAGGAACCAUUCCCAAGGUUUGACCAGCCGACCUGGACUUGGCCAAUGGUCUGUCAUCCCUCAUGGCCACCCCGCCAUUCUGGCUGAUAAGGAAGAUGUUCUCCUUCAAGGUGAGCAGAUGGACGGGGUUUGCGUGCUUCCGGCCUCUGGUGCUAUCCUCUCCCAGAGUUCGCCAGAAGAAACUAAUGCACAAGCUGCAGGAGGAAAAGGCAUUUCGCGAAGAGAUGAAAACUUUCCGUGAGAAAAUAGAGGACUUCAGGGAAGAGAUGUGGACUUUCCGAGGCAAGAUCCAUGCUUUCCGGGGCCAGAUCCUGGGUUUGUGGGAAGAGGAGAGACCUUUCUGGGAAGAGGAGAAAACCUUCUGGAAAGAGGAGAAAUCCUUCUGGGAAAUGGAAAAGUCUUUCAGGGAGGAAGAGAAAACUUUCUGGAAAAAAUACCGCACCUUCUGGAAGGAGGAUAAGGCCUUCUGGAAAGAGGACAAUGCCUUGUGGGAAAGAGACCAGAACCUUCUUCAGGAGGACAAGGCCCUGUGGGAGGAAGAAAAGGCCCUGUGGGUGGAGGAAAGGGCCCUCCUUGAGGAGGAGAAAGCUCUGUGGGAGGAUAAAAAGUCCCUCUGGGAGGAGGAGAAUGCCCUCUGGGAGGAGGAGAAGGCCUUCUGGGUGGACGGCCAUGGCCACAUUGCCGGGGGCCAGAUGCUCGAGGAUGGGCCCCACGACGCCAACGGAGGGCAGCGCUCGCCGGCCUUCUCCCGAGGACGGGCGUAGCCAGCAUGCGGGUACAGGGCCUGCGGUCCAGACUCCGCUGGGGUGGGAUUCAAGUCCAGGGUGAACCCAUGUGCUAGAGAAAAUACACACUCACUUGUCUCCUUGCUUUAAAGAUCUAAUAAAGUCCUGAGACAAGGUUUGGAAAACCA